AACAAUCGAGAAUGAGAAUCAGACGUCCCGCAAAUCGCGAAGCGGUGAAAGCAUUUGUAACGUCGACGUCAGUCUUUAAAAGAUCCGAAGGCGUCGCGAUGUAAAGUGCGACAAAUCGUAAAUGAACUUUUCGCUUUCGAAAAAAUUGAAGUUGUUGAUUUUAAUUUAGCGGGUGCAGUUGUUGUUUAUCCGUUGCGGAAAUUGAUAAAAAAUAUCUAAAAGUUGUGGCAAUUGUUUUGACGGGUAUUUGUUUACCAAAGUUUGGUAUUUUGUGAUAUGUUGUUGUGAGUGGUCUGUGAUAUAAAAUUGUUAAGAAUGAUGAAGAAAGAGAAGCCCAUGAUGUCGGUGACAGCGAUUAUACAGGGUCAAGCACAACAUUGGAGCAGAACGUUCGCAGGUUUCGGACAUCCUCACAUGUCUCUAGGUCUCAGCCUUGAUCAGAACCUUUCAAUGGGGGCAUUGGGUCCUCAAUCGCCAUUGGAAAUCAAACCGGACGCCUCUACUCUAAACCAAUUCAGUCCGCAAGGACCAAACAGUCCUGGAUCUUUUUCUUUAGGUCAUGCAAAUUUGCUGAGUCCAUCGGCUGGAUCGCAAAAAGCGAAUUCCCCUUACCCACCCAAUCAUCCACUUAGCGGGUCGAAACAUCUUUGCUCGAUAUGUGGUGAUAGGGCUAGUGGAAAACAUUAUGGAGUGUACAGUUGUGAAGGAUGCAAAGGAUUUUUCAAAAGGACAGUGCGAAAAGAUUUAUCAUAUGCUUGCAGGGAAGAAAAAAAUUGUAUCAUCGACAAACGACAAAGAAACAGGUGUCAGUAUUGUCGAUAUCAAAAAUGUCUGGCAAUGGGAAUGAAACGAGAGGCUGUGCAGGAAGAAAGACAGAGGACAAAAGACAGAGAUACGUCCGAGGUGGAAUCCACUUCAAAUAUUCAAACAGAGAUGCCCAUAGAAAGGCUUCUCGAAGCUGAACGAAGGGUUGAGUGCAAUGAUCCACCUGUUCCACUUGAAAGUGCAGUAACAAAUAUUUGCCAGGCCACUAAUAAGCAAUUGCUGCAGUUAGUAGAGUGGGCUAAACUGAUUCCUCAUUUUACCUCACUUCCAGUUUCUGAUCAAGUGUUGCUACUUCGAGCAGGAUGGAAUGAACUCCUUAUAGCCUCAUUUUCGCACAGAUCUAUUCAAGCACAAGAAGGUAUUGUACUAGCGACAGGGCUAACCGUGAACAAAUCAACUGCUCAUGCUGUGGGAGUUGGUAACAUUUAUGACAGGGUGCUAUCGGAACUCGUAAACAAAAUGAAAGAAAUGAAAAUGGACAAAACAGAACUCGGAUGUCUCAGAGCCAUAAUACUGUACAAUCCAGAUGUUCGAGGUUUAAAGUCCAUCCAAGAGGUAGAAAUUCUCAGAGAAAAGAUUUAUGGUGUAUUAGAGGACUAUACCCGUACCACGCAUCCUAACGAGCCAGGCAGAUUCGCCAAACUUUUACUUCGUUUGCCAGCGCUAAGGUCGAUCGGACUUAAAUGUCUUGAACAUCUAUUCUUCUUUAGGUUGAUUGGCGAUGCCUCCGUUGACACAUUUUUGACAGAAAUGUUAGAGAAUCCUUCAGAUUCUUAAAUAUUAGGAAUAUAUGUAAUGUUGACGAGGCUGUUAUGUUGAAAAAUGAUGCUAAAUUACCACUUAGUUCAGGAACUGAAAUUGUUAUUAAAUUAAAUUAAAUACAUACCAAUUCGGUUAAAAUAAUAUAAUACAUUACCCUUUAAAACUAUUCCAGAAAUCUUUACCCAAAAAAUAAUUAUUUAAAUCAAGAAGUUAUUUGCUUGUCUUUCAACGUAACUGUUUCCUUGUCAUAAUAAAUCUCCUCAUCAUUGUUGUUCGUGUUUCCCCAAGUUAAUCUUACGGAUCUGUGAUUUUAUAAUAAUUUCAUUUUUUGGAUGUAUUGUAUUAGUAAUUACAUUAUUUUUGUAUUUUACAGCAUUAAUAGUAAUAGAAAAUAAGACGGAUUUUACAUAUUGCUCUCAAUCUUGCUCAUAUGAAAAUUUAAUUGAAUAUUUAAAUCCUAUAUUCUGGUAAAACUGCGAUACAAUAGUAUAUGUUCAAAAUUAAUGGUGAGCCUGGUGAUAAAUAAAAUACUUGGGCCCGGAAAUACACAGAACAAAAAUGCAUAUAAAUGACAAGAUCAACUUUCAUAAAAUUGAGGUGGUUACUUACAAAAACCGCACUUACUACAUCUACAUUUACUAGACUAAUCCAGGCAAAAAUAUAACAAAACUAGAUUAACUCACUAAGUCCAAAACCAGAAUUAAGGUAUGUUCAACAUUAAUCUGUCUUAUUUUCUGUAAAUUUUAAUGCUUGUUAUAUUUUAACGUGUUAAAUGUAGGCAAACUAGAAUUACUUAUUUAAAUAGUAACAUGUGAGAAUAAGUUUUGAAGAUAAUUUUAAUAUCCGAGAGAAUCUAAAAAUAAUCUUAAAUAAAAAAGUUAUAAAAGUUUAAAAAAUCAACAAAUACAGAAUAGAAAAAAAAAUUAAUUGUUAUAAUAUUUCUGACACCUCAUAUUUAUUUCCUAUUACUUCUUCUUGACUAGGAGAAUUCAGCUUUGGCUAUUCUAUCUUCACAGCCAAGAGUAUAAUGAUACAUACAUAUUUCGUAGUCCUCCUAUAUCAAUGUUGCUUCUUAGAUUUAUAAUUGAGUAUUUUUGGUAGGGUUAUGAAGUAUGCAUGUGCUUCUUCCUUAUCGUACUCCCUUGUUAUGAAAUAAUUGUUUAUGUAAAUUAUUUAUUAACCCACUUACGACACACUUCUCGACUUCAAAAGCUUACCUGAUUGAAAUAUGAUAAUGUAGCAAAAAUAUGUCUCUAAAACCGUGAUCCAGUUUGUUAGAUAUAAGUUGGACAUUUUGCAUUUGUAUCGUCUGCAUAUCUAAUCACAUUAAGUAGUUCCCCGUUAAUUUUUAUUCCAUAUGGCUGUCUCUCAAGUGCCUUUUUAAAUAACGGGUCCGAGUAAACAUUGAACAAUGUUGGCGACAAAAUGCAACCUUGUCUGACUCCUCGUUGUAUGGAUAUUUCAUCGUUGUAUUUAUCUCCAAUUUUUACGAUAGCAGUUUGAUUCCAGUACAAAUUUUUAAUGACACGAAUAUCUUUGUCAUCAUAUUUUUCAGUAUUUGCAUUAAUUUUACAUGCUGUACUUUAGCGAAUGCCUUUUUGAAGUCCACGAAACAUGCAAAUACAUCUUUUCUUUGGUCACGGCAUUUUUGUAAUAUGAUGUUAAGCGCAAAAAGUGCCUCCCUGGUUCCCAUAGCAUUUCUAAAACCAAAUUGGGUAUCUUCGAGAUCUUCUUCGCAUUUGCGUCUAAUUCUGUUGUGAAGUAUUCUUACGAAAAUCUUAAGAGUGUGGCUCAUUAAGCUAAUUAAUCGAUAUUCUGAGCAUUUUCUCGCAAUUAUUUUCUCACAUUUUUCUGUGUUUUUUAGAGGUAUUGCGACACAGAUGGAUUUGAGCCAAUCUGUGGGAAUCACUCCGGUGUUAUUUAUUGAAUUAAAAAGUCUUACUACUACUUUUAUGUUAUCAUCCUCUAUUAGUUUCAGCAACUCAGUUGGUGUAUCAUCUGGACCACAAGCUUUUCUAAUUUUAGCAUUAUUUAUAGCGUGUUCUACCUCGCAUUUCAUAAUUUCUGGGCCGUCAGUACAGUUUUGGUAGAAUUCGGCAAUAUUAUUCCUGUCAUCUUUAAAUAACUCUGAUAUAUACAGCUGCCAUUCGUUUCUUAUUUAGAGCUCAUUUACAACAAUUUUGUUAUUAUUGCCAACGAGUACAGAGGGAAGUCUUUUUUUAAAUAUGUUACUUAUUUCUUUUAGUUUUUUGUGCAUAUUAAAUAAGUCGUGUCUAGAUAUCCUCCAUUUCGUCGCACCUUUCUCUCAUCCAUUUUUCUUUGGCUAAUUUGAUCUCCUUUUGUAUUCUUCUCUGCAGGUGUCUAUAUUCUGUUUCAUUGGAUUUUAUCAGUCGACUUUGUUUCAUCAAUUUCAAGAUGUCGUCUGUUUAUUUAUUUUUUUAUUUAUUUUUCUUGAUUAAGUUUUUUCUAUAAUCAUUGUUUGUGUAGAUUUCGGUAACUUGGUUUUUAAAUUCACUCCAUAGUUCUUCUGGAUCUUCUAGUUGUUCUCCGAUGUUUUUUGGUACUCCGAUGGUACUACAUGCUAUACUAAAUUUAUUCGUUAAAACGUUUGUUAGAAUUUGGGAUUAAAAUAGGCAAAAGAAGAAAAAUAAAUAAAUCACGAGAUGAUGAAAGAAGAAAAUAUUUAUUUUUUAUAAUAUUAUUUAACAUGAACAUGUUAGGAGAAACAAAAGAUCCAAUAUCCCAACAAAAUUCAAAUAUACAGGACCACUUAAUAUGAUCUCCGUUAAAAUAAACGCCUAUAUUAAAAUAACAAUCUACUAUUAAAAAUUUGAUUAAAAAAUAACGAAAUGACAUUUAACACAUCUUACAACACACCUUGUACUUAUUUGUAAAAACUCAUAAGCUCCACCUACCUCGCGUGCGGUCACUUUCAUUAAUAAUCAAUAAUCCACCAUUGCAGAUUUAUACAUAAAAACGUAACAUAACUUUUUUUUCUGAAGACGUUUUCUUAUUUUAUUUAUUAUUACCAUAAAUGAGUUUAAUGAAUGUCAGUUUUUAUGAAGAAUGUAAUUCGAAAAGGUUUAGAAAUAUGUAAUGAUGAAAUAUAACUUUUUUUUUGGAAGCCGUUAUAUUAUUUUAUUUAUUUAUCAUGUACUUCAGCCAAUUGGGUUGUUGUAAAUAUUCCAUUCAUGUAUUCUUUUUGUCUCAGAUUUUUGUGUUAACGAAGCGACUACGUUGUGACUACGUAGCCGGGACCGACAGAUUUACGUGUCCUUCAAAGUACGGAUCAGUUGAAUUAGAAGUAGGAAAAUUGCGUGUGUCUGUCCCAGGGACAUUACACUACAUAAUAUUACUUUUUGCUCAUCACUUUAAUGUUAUUCAAUUCAACGCACUAUUAUAAAUGUCUAGGAAUUCACGUGUGACAAUAAUUGUGGAGCGAAAAUAAAAUAUAAUUAUUAUAUUUUAUUUUCGCUCCAAAUUCUAAUUAUUUUAUUGCUCUUAUUUAUUAAUACAUGUUACUGAUUAAAACGAAAUUUUAAUCCUACAUGAUAAAUCUUAAGGAAGCUUUCUUUUAAAAAGUUUAUUAAUGAUGUCAUUUUUCUUUCAAAAUAACCAUAUUUAUUUUAGUUAGUUUUGAUAUCUGAUUGGUGAAUAUGGAUGGUUCUUGUUUAAACAUGAGAAAAUUUAAUGAAUGUUAGUUUUUAUGAAGAAUGUAAUUCGAAAAGGUUUAGAAAUAUGUAAUGAUGGAAUAUAUAAAUAAAAAAAGUUUAGUUUAUACAGAAAUACAAUUACUACUUAUAAAUUAUUAGUCACAUACCAUUCUAGUUGGCUAGUUAGAAAUGGUUUCAAGUAAAAAAAUUAAGUUUAUGUAAUGUGUAAACAUACUUCAAAUUUUAUUAAGUUUAUAUUAUAACAUACCUUUUUAUUCAAUUUGCUCAAACGGGAUCUGGACCGUUAGUUACAAUUCAACGGUUUUAAGAGUUUUGACAAUAAUGUUUAAGUGCAUUUCAUAAGUCGCUAAGAAUUUCGCUACUUUGAUUUUUAUACAUAUACCAUUUUAUCGUCUUAUUAAUCAAUUAAUUUUGUUUUUGUUUUUUUAGCUAUUAUUUUUUGUCAAUAUCCGAUACUUUUCAAGUUUUAUGUUUGACUAAUGAUUAAAUAUUAUCGCUACAUGUAACCACCCAGGCAACCAAAUAACGUUUACAGAACGUUGAAAAGACUUCAUAAUUAUCACCAAACGACGUCAGUUUAUCACGGUUUUUCGACGUCGAAAGUCACCUGAAUUUGUCCCACCAUAAUUGACGUCAUUUUUAUCACGUUUUAAAUAAAUGAUAUUAAAAACGUGGUUUGUACAUCGUUUUUAGAUUUAUUUUUUUAAUGGUUUUAAAAAUACACAAUUAUUCGCAUGGACAUUGUUGGCAUUGUAAUUUUUCCAUUUAACUGUUUUAAGUUUAGCCCAUAGGCAAAAAUAAAAUCAAAUGGAAAACUCGCUAAAAUCUAUAGAAUUACAAUACCCUCAAUAUAAACUAAUAAAUAAUUUAUUAACAAAUUAAAAAUUUUUUAAGUCACAAUUUAAUAACAAACUUUACCACACACCUUUUAAGUCAGAAAUUAAUACAAAUAAGACCCAAUAUUCUGAGCCAAUUCUUCUCUUUACAAGACGUAACAACUCAUUCAAUAUUAGAACAGUCAUUAUUGUAUACUUGAAAAAUUGCUCUGCAUCUGCUGUCUUCAUCUUGAAGGAUGACAUUCUUCAUCUUCAUCAUCGCAAAUGAACUUCUAAAAUUAAAUAAAGAUUGCUUGUCACAUUAUCAGACAAAUAAUGACAAAGACAAGCAAUGAUGUCCGAUCUUUUUAUUACAUGUAAACCUCGUGACAAACAAUAGGGCUUUUCAUCGAUUGUCAUUUGUUUCGAGCUUCUGUCAUGUGUCACAUAAUAUUAAUGUAUCUACGUCAUACGUCUUUGGUUUGUAUCAUUGUAAAAUACCAAUAACGUAUGACGUAGAUAUAUUAAUAUUAUGUGGCACAUGACAGAAGCUCGAAACAAAUGACUGUGAAUGAAAAGCCCUACAACAACAAACGUAAUCAUGUUUAUGACACUUUAUUCGCUCCGUGCGUGACCACGGUGGGGAUACACGAAAAUAUGUCAGCGCCCGUAGCGGCGAAAUAUGACAAAUUUGGUGAAUGAUUGAAUAAUAAUGUUUUUCAAUAAAUAUUUCGCUUACCUUAUUAUUGCCGUUUUGGUUUUUAUUAUUUAUAUUUAUAUUUUAAUACUGAUUUCUUCCAUUCCCCGAUCUGGUGGCAUAUUCCUAUCGUCAUCUAUUUCCAUUGCGUGUUACACACACCACGCAAUUAAUAGUUCAAUAGACCAGCUAAUGUUAAAAUCUAGUACUAAUAAUUCACACUGCCUAAUUGCUUUCGAUGUACACUUAAUUAAUGUCAACACCGACAAUUAAACUAUAACGAAAAAGUAAAGAAAAAUCCUUAAAAUUUAUAUUUUCUUCAGAGAACUUCCAAAUGUCCGCUGUUUAAUUUGAUGUUUAUUUGUCACUCGAACUUAUUGUUUGUAUAAUAAAUUUUAUCAAAAAUGGCAAAUAAAUAUUACAUUAACGUCAAAUUUGCCAAACAUGUCAUAUGUGUAUCAUUUAACGUCAAAUUGUAUUCGCUAAAAAUUUCAGGCGAUUAGGCUAGGAUAUCGCCUCAGUCAUGCACGGAGCGAAUACAGCAUUCGCUGAGUCUGUCUAGAUAUACGUCAUUUGGGUAUCACCCUAUCUUGAUUUUGGUUAUCCGUUAUUGAUCUUUGUGAAUUGUUAAAAUAAGAACGCCAUCGUAUAUAUGUUGUUGGCAUUGAUGCCGAAUACAUGAUUUAUUUAUAUACUUACGGACAAAAAUAUUGCAUAAUAUGCAUGUGAAAUGAAAUUUUUUCUGCUGCUAUCUUUAGCUCCCCAGUAUCAUAGGAAUAGGAUUUCUUUUCCGAAUACGGUGUUUUAAAGUGUCACAUAAAUGCUAUAAUCGGAUUUAAAUCUGAUAUGGACUAUAUUCUGGCCAAUAUAAUUUUUAAAUUUAAUCUCACCAAGGUAGGUAUUCACUGUUCUAGCGACAUAGAGACGUGCAUCGCACCAAUGUAUCAUAUCCAAUGUGGCUUACAAAUGGCAAAACGUGAUCUCCUAAAAGGUUUUCAAUGUACAUGUCAGUUGGCAUUCGCCUAUCACCUCCACUUGUUCGGUAUGUCCUUUCAUAGCAAUACCGCUCCGUAGCACUAUGCCGCCACUACCAAAAUUAACGUGAGGUUACAACUACUGACAUACUGUUCACCAACUCUUCUGUAGACGAAGUUUUGUCAAUCCUCCUUCCAUAUGAUAAACGGUAUGCCAGAUGGAACCACAUACAUAGUGUUAAUUUUGGUGGUGGGGGCAUAGUGCUAUGGAGUGGUAUUUCUUGGACAGGAGAUAACGAACUUGUGGAGGUGAUUGGGUGAAUGACAGCUGAUAUGUACAUUAAAAACAUUUUAGAAGAUCUUAUUUUGCCAUUUGUCAGCCAUAUCGGAUAACAAAUUCGUGUUAAUGGACCAUAACAGAGAUCUUCAUGUCGGUAGAAUAGUGAAUACUUACCUUGAUUAGAUUAAAUUUCAAAAUUAUAUUGGCCACCAUAUAGCCCAUAUCAAAUUUGAAUCCGAUUAUAUAUACCAUUUAUACGAUACUUUUAAACAUCGCAUUCGGAAAAGAAAUCCUAUUUCCGUGACACCGGAGGCAACACAAAAAUUUUUAUUUCACACGUUAAUUUCAAAAUAUGCAAUAUUUUUGUCCGGGAGUGUAUGUAUGGACAUCCAGUAAAAGAAAAUGGUAACCUGUUUUGUUCCAAAUAUCACAGUUCGUGGCACUGUUAAAUUCCUAAAUUGUUUUUCAUAAAUAUUGUUCAAAAUGGUAUAUAAAUAAUAAUAUUUAAUCAAAAAACAAAAUGGAUUUUGUCUUCAAUCUGGUGGGAUGUAGAGUAAUAUUUUUAGUGUUAUUUUAUGUGCUAUUAGAUUGAAAACUUAGUCUUUUGCUAGCAGUUGCCGCUAGGGCAGCCCUGCCAUUUCGUUCGUUGCAAUCCGUAACUGCACGCCGGGGUUUGUCCCGGUUGGGUCAGAGAGAGCAGUAUAAUAUGUAUCUCCUGAUGAGAGACUAAUAAGUUUCGAAACCGGUAGAGGUGCUUGCUGCACUCUCUGAUUGAACUAGAAUAUGAUGCGGCUGUAGUUUCGUGUUGCAAUGAAAUUAAAAAUGGUUAUUCAUUUUUGAAAAUGUAUUUAAUUGUUCUAAUAUGAGUGUUUGCAUUCAUAUUUCUGGACCUUGGAGGUAAACUACACUAUGUCGACGUGAUGUUUUUUUGAAUAAGUUUCUUUAAUCCACUUAUUUUAUUAGUUGGAUUAUACAAAUUGGUUAUAUUAUCAAUAAAAAAAUAGUCAUAUUGUCUUUCAACUAAUUAUGGGAUAUAUCAGAUUUUUAUUAACAUCCUACGUGCUCUAAACUUUGUUGCAAACACACGCUAAACACAGUUGCUCGAAAUGACGACAUAGUGUUUACCUCCGAGGUGCAGAUUUAGAACUUGACUUUUUGAAUUUAGGUAGAUAUGUACUUGCAAUUCAAGAUCUUACAGAUCAGCUACUCAUUUAUUAAGAAUAAAAUCUCUAACUUUUACAAUUAACUACAAUUAAGUUCAAAACUAUUUAUCAUUACCAAAAUCUAAAACCUUUUCUUGUAUAUUUUUCGUAAAUAUUAGUUAAACUAAAUAUGUACAUUAUUUCCUUAAAGUUUAUUCCACGUCAUUAAUUUCUACGUCUCUACAGUACAACCAACUGCUUAAAAAUUUCCUAACAUUAAUUUUAUAAUUAUUUUAAAUAUUGUUUUGUCUUGUUUUCAUAUCUUAUUUUAUAUUUUCAAUAAAAUAAAAUUUAUAGAAAAAAAUGGGUACUUAAAAAACAAUAAUUUACAUUAAGUAGGUAUGAUGAAAAAGUACGCCAAUUUAUGAAGUGCAAAUUACAGUUUGGAAUUAAUGGACAAUACGGCAACACAACUUACGUGUGCGUAAUUGUGAACGUCAAAAUUGGAUGACGUGCAAUUAACUUUAAAUGGAAAUAAUGGAUGGAAUGCAUAAAACGUAGUAGAUGCUGUUGCUUCAGCAAAUAGUAUCUAGCAUUUUCUUUUACACAAAAGUAUGUGCUUUUGUUGAGAAGAACAUGCGUCACAGCAGAAAUACCUACUACUGACAUGAAGUAUCUCCUAAUAAGCGUAGCGCCACCCGUUUUCGCAUCACACCAAUCGUGAUGAACUAGUUUUUCAUGUGCUUAUGAUUUGUGAAUUCACAUUUUUACUUACCCUAAUUAUUAGAAUUGUACAUGAGUAAAAUUGAAUGACCCCAAAGAUUAAAUAUUUUCUUCCUAGUUUGUAGGUUUUUUUACGACGCACAUUCAUAAAUGCUUCCAUGUUGUAACAAAAAAACACCUAUGCCGAAGUCGUUCAUCCACCAACUUCGUUUAAACUGAAGUAAAUACUACUGAACUAGCAAAUACUUCAAAAGCGUAUUACAUUCUUCUAUGUAACUGGUAAGUAACAUCAUAUGCUACGGAGGAAAGUAAAUGCUUUGUAAGUGUAGUAAAAACUUUAAAAAUGUAGUACAUACUUGAAGUAUUAGCAGAUAUUACGUUUUAUACAUUCCACCCAAUGUAUAAUUAAAAUGUCAUCUAAAAAAUCGUUUAGCAACUUACACUUUUAUAUUUUAAAUAAAUGGUAAUAUCACGAGUACAAAAUAAGGAGUGCUACCAGGCUUGUUUCCUCGUUUGUGUGCUAGCAAAUAUAUUGGCCAGAUAUUCACGUCAUAUAUUUCAAACAUAUAUGGAGUGGACUUUGUCCAAGUGGUCCAAACUUUUUUUUAUAAUCAGUUUUAAAACUAUAUUAUAAAACAGAACUGGAAAGCACUAUGAAUAAAUGGAUAAUAUUCUUCGUUAUCGUGUUAAUAGGCUCGGAUUGGAAUCCUAUAGAGUAAAAACUAAGAAUUUAAAUAAACUAUGCAAAAAAUUACCACUACCAAACGAAAUAGAAACAAAAUAUUAUAUUACCUAAAAGGCCAAAACAGAAUAAUGUUCAGCUCAUUUUCAAGAUUAAAUCUUUAAAAUGUUAUAUACGAGGGUCAUUCAUAAAAAAGGUUUCCUAUGCCGCUGAGAAAGAGUGACGUGCUGGGAGAAAUCUGGCAACACUGCCUCACACAUCAAGUCCUCCCUUUCUCUUACCUCACCACUUUCACCACGCUGCAUUGCUCAGUGUCGGCCUAGCAGAGUUCGAAGAUGGAGGUUCCAAUCGCUGUUACCGCCAAUGUGAAAUUCAUGCUGUGAUACGUUUUUAAAAUGCAAAAUGGAUUUUGCAUGUUGUUAAUCGAAUUUUAUGGGUAAAAGUCCAUAUCUGUUCAACAUGGUCGGAAAAAAACGCAAAAGAUAGGUGCGGAAGGCCUUCAGAUUCAUUAUGAAUUUUAGAUCGGCCUUCACUGAAUUCUCUACACCAUUUGCGAACAUGUUUAACAGGUGUGCACUUUUACCCAUAAACUUCGAUUAACUGACAAUGAAUGUCAAUAGGUGAAAUCCAUCUUACAUUUAAAAAACUUAUCACAGCAUGAAUUUUACAUUGGCGGUAACAGCGAUCGACACCUCCAUCUUCGAAGGCUGCCAGGCCGACACUGAGCAAUGCAGCGAAACGAAAGUGGUGGGGUAAGAGAGAGGGAGAAAUGAUGUGUAAGGCAGUGUUACCAGAUUUCUCUCAGCACAUCGCUUUCUUUCUCAGCGGCAUAGGGAACUUCUUUUACGAAUGACCCUCGUAGUUAGUUAUUACAAUAAUACAAUUACAUUGUUAGUAAAAAAUACAUUAUAGUUUCAUUCAAAUCAAGUGAAUUUUCGUAUAAACAUUAUACAUUACUCAUAUUAGCCAAUGACGUCACCGACUAUUUGUAAUAUAAAAGGUGUAUUUUUAUUCUAAUUCAAUGCUGGAACUAAAUAGUAAGUGACUAUUUCUUGCUUAAUUUUUAUAUUUAGCUCGCUAGCAUCUUAAUUAACAUAUUGUUAAUGGCCUAGGUGUAAAUUAUAUUUAUGCCCCAAUUCGAUAACUUAAAUACUAUCGUCUUGUAUAUUAUGACACCAUCUGUAGUUCUUUCAAUUGGUUUAUCAAUAUUCUUUGUACGUAUAUUUUGAAAAGUUUCAAUGUAACACUGGAUAGUAUAAAACUACAUGGAAAUGCGCUAUUUGGAUGGAUCUUCAGGAUUGAAUAGAAUCGCUAAUUUUACAUUUUUGUCUAUUAUGUCUUAAUCAUAAAUAAAAUUGUUAAAAUGUAUUAAUUAUAUACUCACGGACAAAAAUAUUGCAUAUACAUGUGAAAUGAAAUUUUUUGUGCUGCCUUCCUUACCACUCCCCCCCCCCCCUAUGGUAGGAAUAGGAUUUCUUUUCCGAAUGCGACGUUUUAAAGUGUCAUAAAAAUGCUAUACUCGGAUAUAAUUCUGAUCUGGGCUACAUGCUCGCCAAUAUAAUAUAUGUCAUAUUCAAUGAGGCUUGCAAAUGGCAAAACAUGAUCUUUCAAAAUGUUUUCAAUGCAGUCGCCCAAUCACCUCCACGUAUUCGGUAUGUCCUUUUAAAGCAAAACCGCUCCGUAACACUAUGCCACCACCACCAAAACUAACGCCAUAUAUGAGGUUACAACUGUUGGCCAACUCUUCUGUAGAUAAAGUGUUGUUAAUCUUACUUCCAUAUGACGAACGGUAUGGCAGAGGUAACCUCAUACAGAGUGUUAAUUUGGUGAUGGCGGCUUAGUGCUAUGGAGUGGUAUUUCUUGGACAGGAGAUACCGAACCUGUGGAGGUGAUUGGGUGAAUGACAGCUGGUUCCCAAAAAAACUGAUACGACUCUUAGUAAGAUUUGAUUAUUUUGAGCAGUGUAUGAUUGGUCUGACAUUAUAUUAUAUUUAUUAUGACAGACAAAUAAUAAAAUAAACAAACAAACAGCCAUUUUUUGAGGUUGAAGAUAUCUGCCAAAUUUUAAGAUUUGGCAGUGACAGUGACAAUAUGUAAAUAAUAAGUAUUUAUCCAUCAAAAUAUAAUAAAUUAAACAUAAUUAAACUUAUAUUCAUUAUAUCACACCUCAUCAAAAGCUUUUUACAAGAACAUAGUCAGCGAUUUUAAUAUGGCUUAGAGCCAGACUACAUCAAGAUCGCCUAUAAAUCGUGCUGGUAAUUGCCUUGCAGCGAGAUCAAAAACAAAAAGAAGAAGAAAGUACACUGCUCAAUUUUCUACAAAAUACGCUUUAAGAGUCGUAUCAGUUUUUUUGGAACCAGCUGUACAUUAAAAACAUUUUAGAAGAUCAUAUUUUGCCAUUUGCCAGCCAUAUCGGAUAACAAAUUCGUGUUAAUACACCACAACGGAGAUCUUCAUGUCGGUAGAAUAGUGAAUACUUACCUUGAUAAGAUUCAAUUUAAAAAUUAUAUUGGCCACCAUAUAGCCCAUAUCAAAUUUAAAUCCGAUUAUAGCAUUUAUAUGAUACUUUAAAACGUCGCAUCGGAAAAGAAAUCAUAUUUCUAUGACACUGGGGGCAGCACAAAAACUUUCACUUCACACGUUAAUUUCAAAAUAUGCUAUAUUUUUGUCCGUGAGUGUAUAAAAUAAUUUAUAAUUUUUUAGUGUGUAAAAUGACAAUGACAAUUGUUUUUACAUGAACAUGUUUAUAUUACGUGAUAUAGAACAGUGCCUGUUGGGUUUGAAAAUAUUAAUCUCAUUUAUGUUAUCCUAAUUGUAAUAAUAUUGUUUAAAUUUUCCUCAUGAAAAGUGACAGGUGAAAAUUGAACUUUCAUUUAUUCAAGGUGUAUAAGUGCAGAGAUGAACUCAAAUAACAAAGGACUACCUUGACGUCAAUAUAAUCGCAAGGUUUUUGUCAGAGCCUUCUUUCAGUCGUGGUAUAGUCUUAUGUUUUAUGUAUCAAGAAUAAUUAUCGCUUGCGAAGUGUAUAAAAUUUUAGAUAGAAGUAAUUAAUUUGCGAUUAAAUUGUAGAAAAAAAGUACCUAAUUUACUAAGCGGUCAAGAAGACAAAAAACUAUAGACAAACAUUGUUAACCAGAUAAAGGGCCGGUUUAAUAAAUUAACAAAUUAAUAAUUAAACAAAGUUGUUUUUCCAUGUUUUAGUAUUUGUUAUUUCUUCUCUUCAUUUAAUUAUUUUACUAGCACAUGAAAAGGGACAGGAACGAGCAUAACUCGUCACAAGAAGAGUAGGAAUUUUUCAGAGAAAGCAAAUUAGUAACCAAAUCAAACAAAUGCUUCGCGAUCUUAAAAAAAUACCUACAUGAAGAUAUGACAGAAAUAAAGAGAGAAAUUAAAAAUGACAUCAGAGAAAUAACAAAAGGACAUAAAGGACACCACAAAAGAGUUGCAGAAAAACCUAGAGGAAAUGAAAAGCAUGGCGAAGGAAAUCGCCCAAAUGAAGGAAGAAUGGACGAUAGAAAAAGAAGAACUACAUAACAAAAACAAAAUUAAGGAAGUGGAGGAUAGGAUGGAAAGAAUGGAAAAACAAAAAAAUCGAAACAAUCUAACAAUAACUGGACUUACAAUGAAUACCGAUAAUGAAGAUACAUUCGAAAGAUACAAUCCUGGAAAAAAUAUUUUAGACAGAACUUCUUUUGAAAUCAAAUAUACGUAGAGCGCAGUAGAUAGGACAAUAUAGAUGCAUAGUGGAAAUGGUAGAAUUGAAUGACAAAAUAAAGAUACUCCAAAAAAAAGCAAAGCUAAAGGGGAAAGGCAUUUUCAUAGACGCGGAACUUACAAUAAAUGAGCAAAGAAUAUAGAGAACUAUAUAGAAACUAUAAUGGCCUUUAUAGACUUUACAGCCUAUAAAUAUACAGUCCUGUGGAAAAUCUUAAAGCUAAAUAAAUUACCCCAUAAGAUCAUUGGAAUAAUCAAAAUGAUGUAUCAGCAAACAACAUGUCAGGUACUGCAUAAAGGGCAAAUAACAGAUAAACUAACAAUCGAAAUAGGUUUAAAACAAGGUUGCGUACUGUCACCUUUGCUCUUUAAUAUAUUAUGUCUUAAUCAUAUACUGGAAAAAACAAUUGAAAGAAAAAACGGGAUCCCUUGGAACAAGACCUUCGGAACAAGAAACUAGCAGAUAUGGAAUACGCAGAUGAUAUCUGUUUCGUAACGAACACAAUAGAUGAUAUGAAGAGCAUAUUAAGGAAGCUAGAGGUAAAAUCGGCAGAAGUUAAAAUCAACACAAACAAGACAGUAGAUAUGAGAAUAGGAGUAUCUAACUGUGACAAACUAUACAUCAACCAACAAGAAAUAAAACAGGUUCAAGAAUUUUGCUACCUAGGCAGUAUAAUCAGUGCAAAAGGUGGAGCUCAAGCAGAGAUCAAACAGAUUAGCCAAAAUACUAAAAUAAGGCUAUUUAAUAGUAACGUGAAAACUGUGCUACUUUAUGGGAGUGAAACAUGGGCAAUAACUGACGGAAAUGUAAAUAAAAUCCAAGUUUUUGUAAAUAGAUGUCUACGUAAAAUUCUAAAGGUAUAUUGGUCCAAUACCAUAACAAAUGUAGCACUAUGGAGGAAAACCAAACAAGAACCCAUCAGAACAACAAUAAAGAGGAAAAGAUGGAACUGGCUGGGACACACCCUGAGGAAAAAAAUGCAGACAACAAGCACUCAAAUGGAGUGCAGUAGGACGAAGAAGCAUAGGACGCCCGACCAAAACAUGGAGGAGUACCAUUGAAGAAGACUACAAAAGUAUGAAGAAAACCUGGGGGGAAAUAGAGGGGAAUGGAGAAGUUUCGUGGAUGACCUAUCCUCCUUCACGGAGUAACAUGGAAAUAACAAAAGACUACCUUGACGUCGAUAUAAUCGCAAGGUUUUUGUCAGAGCCUUCUUUCAGUCGUGGCAUAUUCUUAAUAAUUAUUAAAAUUAUUAUUAGUAUGUGCAAGUUCAGACAAAUUUGACAGUUACCAGGAUUGUGUUAGCCAAAUAUGCACUUUUUAUGAAAUUAAAGUGAUAUUUUAUCGUAAUUUGGAUUAAAAAACAAAACUUGUGUUUUCACUUACUUUUCUAUUAUUUUUUUUUACAUAAAUCAUAUUUAUUCCAAUUUUAAUUAUACAGGGAGUUAAUUACUAUACAAAAAAGGUUUUCGCGAAUUACAGCCAGAUUCUAAUAAAUAAGACACGAUCGUAAAUGUACGGCAAUAAAAUGAAGCAAACUAGAUAAUUCAAAAAAUAUCUAUAUAACCCUUUCCAUGACCGUACGGAGUAUUUUAGGCAUUUUUAGAUACCCCAGACACAGCAUUGUUUUUAUAACUUUUCAAAAAAAAUUUAUUUUUGGGGUACCUUUUUUACCCCGCACGGCCUGCUGCGUAUUGAAAUCAUACGCGUAUAUUCCUGUUGUAGGCCAGCCAAAUAUGGAAACAAUAUUCUGUUUUUAAAUUACUGUUGGAUUAAAGUAAUCUUAGUUUUAUUAAAUUACUUUAGUUCAUCUUAAUAGUAGUAAUUACUUUGCGUUGUGGUACGUAUGUGUGUAUUUCGGAGAAAAUUGCGCAACGUAAAUAUUAUACUUAAGAGGUCUAUACAGGGUGUUUCAUUAAUAAUUGUCCAUAUAGUAACUAGAGAAACCUUAGCACAAAAUACGAAGAUUUAACCCAAAACACUUAAAUAAAAUGUGGUUCCUUACUGAGUUACAGGGUGUUUUAUCUAAAAAUUUAAAAACUAUUUUUGCUCAGCAUUUUAAAACUAUUCGACGUAUCCUGUUCAUACUUGGCAGAAAGUAUAGGUACUGUACAAGGUACUAAAUUAUGUUAAACAAACGUUUCUGGUUAUUAUCAGAGGCGUACGACAGGGGUAAGUGAAUGGUUGACCCUUUCCAAAUUCUACGCCACUGGCGAAAUUGCUAUUAUAGUUCAAUUUUUGGAUUCUCCAAUACUUUCUAUGAAAAUAUUAUGCUCUUCAUUCGUAGCGAUAAAGUUAUUAGUUUUCGAGAUCUUUGAAGUUAAAAAUGAAACGACACGGUUAUUUUGAUAAAUGUAUUGUGUCUCUUCAUUUUUAAUUUCAAAUAUCUCGAAAACUAGUCAUUUUAUCGUUACGAAUGAAAAGUAUAUUAUUUACAUAAAAAGUAUUGCAAAAUCAAAAAAUUACACUAAAAUAGCAAUUUCGUCAGUGGCGUAGAAUUUGGGAAGGGUUAACCAGCCACUAUCCCCUGUUGUACGCCUCUGGUAGUCGCUAGAAACGUUCGUUUAUCUUAAUUUAGUAGGGCGUACAGUAUAAUGAAGUAUAUGAAUCAUAUCAUAAAUUAAUCAAAAUAACUGUGCCGUUUCAUAUUUAACUUAUCUUAAAAUAUCUUGAAAACUAAUGACUUUAUCGUUACCAAUAAAGAGUACAUUAUUUACGUAAAAAGUAUUGGAGAAUCUAAAAAUGGCACAUUAAUAUAGUAAUUCCUCCAGUGGCGUAGAAUUUGAGAAGGGUCAACCAUUCACCAUCCCCUGUCGUACGCCUCUGGUAGUAGCUAUAAACGUUUGUUUAUCAUAAUUUAGUAGGGUGUCUAGUAGGCGCACUUUCUGCUAAGUAUGAAAAGGAUACGUUGAAUAGUCUUAAAAUGCUGAGCAAAAAUAAUUUUUAAAUUUUUAGAUAAAACACCCUGUAACUCAGUAAGGAACCACAUUUUAUUUAAGUGUUUUGGGUUAAAUCUUCGUAUUUUGUGCUAAGGUUUCUUCAGUUGCUAUAUGGACAAUUAUUAAUGAAACACCCUGUAUACAGUACCUAUGGUGCAAAUGAAAGGAAUAAAUUUGUUAUUUCGUAAACCGAUGACUUUAAGGAAAAAUCCCGAAGCAGGUCGAUUUUUAUUUUUAAAUUAUAAUAUUUUGGCAUAUAUGUCAUACUAGUGACGUCAUCCAUCUGGGCGUGAUGACGUAAUCGAUGAUUUUUUUAAAUAAGAAGAGGGGUCGUGUGCUAGCUCAUUUGAAAGGUCAUUCAAUUCUCUAUUCAGUAAUAUGAUUGAUUCGAUCGUCGACCACGAUGGUAAGCGGUUCGAACAGUGAACCUCCUGACAAGUGUAAAUUUUGUGCUAAAUUUACUUCAACAAAUGACAUUAAAUGUUUGGGUAAUACCUGUGAUGUUGUUCUGCACGUCAAGUGUUUUGAUGCAAUUUCGAGAGUUGUAUUUGUCGAUAAAAACUUGUUCUAUUGUCGUAAUUGUUCUGUUAACACGUUGACGGACAACAACGUCUGUAGACGUCUAAUUUCCAUUAAUGUAGCUUAUACAUUUGACGCAGUGUCCGUCAACGUGUUAAUAAAGGACAUUGUUCUGCUCCAAUGUGUGAUGAGUUAUCAUGUGAAAAAGUUGUGUUGGAGAAUGAGAUUGAAUGUCUGUCACGAGAAAGGGAAGUUUUAAAGAAGUACGUUUCUGAAUUGGAAUACACAAAUAAACUGCUUAAAUCAAAAACGACGGCCAGCCUAUAUACAGAAAACCUAUUUCUAUUACCACUUUGUACAAAGCUGGUGACACCUCCAACACGACGUUGAAACGCUCAAACUUAACUUUUGUUACUAUUUUUAUAUCAUCUUCAUGUACGUUGAGAUCCUUUAGCGAACGACUCCACGGGCGAGAAAUUGACGUUAGCAGUAGCCGUAAAACGAACUUAAGGUUCCACGGAACGGAAUAGGAAUAGCCGAACUGAACCGACUACGCACAAGUCCUGUAGUCGGUACAGUUCGGCUAUUCCUAUUCCGUUCCGCGGAACCUUAAGUUCGUUUUACGGCAACUGCUAGCGUCAAUUUCUCGCCCGUGGAGCCGUAGGCUAAAAGUAGUAAGGUCUUGCAAAAAUCUUGUUUUUUCCAGAGAGGCAGCAUUUACGCCACGAAUCAUUAAUCUCGAAUUUAACUUCUUUAGUUCAGUAACAGAAUAAGUACAUAUUUUAAUUGUUGAGUAAGGCACUCUUUUAAUUUUUCUAAAGACAUUGCGUUGCUACAGUUAAUCAAAACUCCAUUUUUUACCAACUUAGUACUAUCGACAGUAGCUUUUGUAGAAGAAAGAUUAAUUUUCGAUUUAAUAUCGCUAUCUACCUAUACGUUAGCAAUAUUUUGGUUCGUUGACCUUGACCUUACAAGCAAAACAGAAUCACAGCCAGUUUUGUUUACUUUCAAGGCACCCGAGUAACUUUUUGCUGGCCUAUCACUAAUUGGCAAAAAUGAGCUGGUAGAAUUAGAAGGUUGUACUUGAAAAUCGUCACUUACAAAUGUUAUGUUAGUGAACACUUUAAUAUUGUAAAAUGUUUUAAAUGUAGCAAAGCUGGUCACCAGAAAAAAUAUUGUCGUAGUAAUUUAGUAUGUCCGAAAUGUUCUGAAUCUCAUGAAAUGAAAGAUUGUACCAGUCAGACUAUGUGUUGUAAUAAUUGUAAAAAGUUAAACUUAAGAUACACACUUAAUUUAGAUACAGUUCAUGUUGCAAACAGUUCAGUUUGUGGUUAUUUAGUAGGUAAAAUUGAGCAACUUAAAACUAGAAUUCAGUAUGUCUAACAAAAAGCUAAAAUUGGCUCAUUUUAAUACACGUUCUUUGUUUCCAAAAUUUAACGUUUUCUUAGAUCUAGUACAUGAUCACAACUUUGAUAUUGUUUGCCUGUCCGAAACUUGGUUGACUUCGGAUAUCUCAGAUCAGAGUGUAUACAUUCCGGGUUUUAAAAUAAUUCGUUCAUUAUCGAUAAGACCGUGGUUGAAGAGGUGGUGGAAUCGCUGUUUUUGUACGUGAUUCAAUAAUUUCAAAGUCAGAACUUGCUGACCUUCCUUGUCCAUUAGGUAUCUAACAAAUGUGGAUUUCUGUGAAAAUACAGAAAACAACAUUGUUAGUCGGUGUUAUAUAUAGAACUGAGGCCUGCAGGAUGCUAAAUUUUAUACAGUAUUGUGAUGAUACCCUUUCUCACAUAGUACCUCAAUUUAAUAAUAUUAUUUUAACUGGUGAUAUCAAUGCUGAUCAGCUAGUAGAUAAUCAAAUAAAUUAUUGUUUUCAGUCUUAUAAUUUUGUUCAGUUAGUAUCGGAACCUACGCGCAUAACUAACAGGUCACAAACACCGCUCGAUGUUAUUUAUACAAAUAAAAGUGAACUCAUUAGACAUUCAGGCGUUUUAGAUCAUGAGCUAUCUGACCAUAGAGCAGUGUACUGUGAAUUUGAUUUAGAUAUUAAUCACAAAACAAAUUUUUUAAAGAUAUAAUAGGUUUGUUCGUAGAACGAUCAGCAACCGUUGCCAACCAUCAGACGCAUGCGCGUUCGUAGUCUACGAACGCUAACUGUUAACUGCGCAACGCUAACUGUUCACUGCGCAUGCGUCUGAUGGUUGGCAACGGUUGCUGAUCGAUUGGAUCGUACUACGAACAAACCUAUAGAAAUUACAAAAACUUUUCAAUAUUUUCUUUUAACGCAGAUCUGGAAAAAAUGUCAUGGGAUAAUAUAUACCUACUGUAGGAAAAUUUUAUAGAUAAUAAAAUUCGAAUUUUCAAUGAUAUGUUAGUUUCGCUGUUUGACAAACAUGCUCCCUAUGUUGAAUCAAGAAUUACAAAGCCACCUGCUCCGUGACUAACACCCACAAUACAGAAUAUGAUGAAAACUCGUAAUGCUGCUUUAGCCAAAUAUAAGAAAACUAAAAACGUCGUAGACUAUAGUUACUAUAAAGAUCUUCGAAACGCAAUUUCUAACGCAGUCCGGAGAAGAGUGGUUAUUUAAAUUAUCGGUCUGCUUCUUCGAAUAAAAAAGAUCUUUGGAAAGCUAUCAAGUUAUUAAAAAUUGUAAAUAAACCAGUUAUAGAGAUCCCUCAGGAGAUUAAUGAUCCUAUCUCUAUAAAUAAUUAUUUUACAUCUGUUUUUAGCCCUGUAAAUUGUUGUCCUGAGACAACCCAAUGGUAUCAGUCAAAUAUUUUCGACCCAGAUAUUAUUUUCUCGUUUAAAAUGGCCACUGUUGAUGAGAAUAAAUCACUAAUAUUAAGGUUAAAAUCGGACGAUCUUGGAUGUGAUAAUAUUUCUGCAAAGAUGCUACAACUCUCCCUUUCUAGUACUGCUCCUUAUAUUACGCAUAUUAUAAAUUGUUGUCUGGAGGUAGGUUAUUUUCCGGACAUUUGGAAAUACGCUUUGGUAAAACCACUACCCAAAUCAAAUAAACCUGAUUCACUGAAACCUGAAUCACUUGAACGAUCCUGCUUCUUGACUUAACAGAUAAUAUACUUCGAUCAGUUGAUGAAGGAAAAGCAACCUCAGUCAUCUUGCUUGAUUUUUCUAAAGCCUUCGACACUAUUGAUCACACUCUUCUGUGUGCUGAAUUGAAAUAUUUUGGAUUUGAUGAUACCUUUUACAGUUUUUCAAAUUUUAUUUGGUAAAUCGUUAUCAAAAGGUCACAAUCGAUAAUAAUUCAUCAGAAUUUGCAUCUGUCACUUCAGGGGUAUCUCAAGGUUCGGUUCUUGGUCCUCUUCUUUUUUCAAUAUAUAUUUCCGACCUGUAUAAAUCUUUAAAUAAUUUGAAAUUGCACUCUUUUGCAGACGACACACAACUGUAUUUCUCUUUUGAACCUAACUCUGUAAAUCAAGCGUCACAAAAAAUAAAUCAGGAUUUGGAAGCUAUUUGUACUUAUUCCACUAACAUAAUCUUAAACUAAAUGCUAAAAAAUGUAAUUCUUUGUUAUAUUGUUCAAAAAAUUAUAAAGCCACUGUUCAGGAUAACUUAAAACUAAUUAUAAAAAAUGAACCUCUAAAAAAUGUUGAUAGUUGUAGGAACUUAGGAGUCAUAUAUGACUGUACGCUACGAUUUCAAGAGCACGUCACCCUUUUUCGAAAAAAGUGCUAUUUAGUUAUGCGUCAACUGUAUAGAAGUAAAGGCAUUUUAAACUUUAAAUUGCGUAAGUUACUUUGUGAAACUAUGGUAAUGACAAUUCUUAAUUAUGGGCUCUUGGUAUUUUAUCCUUGCUUAGAUCAAGUUACGAAAUUAAGGUUGGAAAAAAUUCAAAAUAAUUGUUGCAGAUUUGUCUUUGGCAUAAGAAAAUAUGAUCGUGUAUCAUGCAAAAUAAAAGAACUUCAAUGGUUAACCAUAGAUAAUUUAUACAAAAAUAUCACCUCGCCUCUUUGAUAUAUCGAAUUAUUUCGUCGUCAAAUUCUAUUUACUUAAGGAACAAAUUAGUAUUUCGUGGAUAUGCUCAUAAUCUGGAUCUGAGAUAUCCUCAUAGUCUUAUGCUGCCAAGAUAUAUACUAGCUAUUUUUACUUACAAUGAUGUUUUAGUGUUUAAUAGUUUUACAAUAAAUUUAAGAGGUAAAUCUCUUGAUUUCAUGAAGCGGCAUUAUAAGAAAUUUUUACUACAAUCGCAGUAACAUUAUUAUUAUACAGGGUGUCCCGAAAAGAUUGGUCAUAAAUUAUACCACAGAUUCUGGGGUCAAAAAUAGGUUGAUUGAACCUCACUUACCUAUAUACAAUAGUGCACACAAAAAAAGUUAUAGCUCCUUGAAGUUAAAAAAUGAAAAUCGAUUUUUUUUCAUAUAUCGAAAACUCUUAGAGGUUUUUUUAUUGAAAAUGGACUUGUGGCAUUCUUAUGGCAGUAACAUCUUAAAAAAAAUUAAAGUGAAAUUUGUGCACCCCAUAAAAAAUUUAUGGGGAUUUUGUUCCCUUAAAUCCCCCACACUUUUGUGUACGUUCCAAUUAAACUAUUUUUGUGGCACGAUUAGUUAAACACAAUGUUUUUAAAUCUUUUUUGCCUCUUAGUACUUUUUCGAUAAGACAGUGUUUAUCGAGAUAUUUUGAAUAUUUGUCGAAUCCACCACAUAUUUGUAUAUGGUUAAGUUAGAUUAUAGAGACCUGUUAAUAGGGCUUUUCAUCGAUUGUCAUUUGUUUCGAGUUUCCGUCAUGUGUCACAUAAUAUUAAUAUAUCGUCAUACGUCUUUGGUUUGUAUCAUUGGUUAUAUCAAUAACGUAUGACGUAGAUAUAUUAUUAUUAUGUGACACAUGACAGAAGCUCGAAACAAAUGACUGUGAAUGAAAAGCUCUAUAAUCCGAAAAUUUAUUUAUAAUUUACAUUAAUAGGUAUAUUUUGAAAAAGAAGCCACAUCUCGACAAAAGGUGACUUAUCAAAAAAAGAUUAAGAGGCAAAAAAGUUUUAAAAACACUCUGCUUAACUAAUACCACAAUAAUAGUUUAAUUGGAACGUACACAAACAUUUGGGGGGUUUAAAGGAACAAAACUCACAUCAAAUUUUUAUGUAAAUAUAUUAAAAAAAAGCCGCAUCUCGCUAAAAACUGGCUUUUAGAAUAAAUACUAAGAGGUAAAAAGUUUUAAAAACGUUGUGUUUAACUAAUGAUACCACAAUAAUGAAAUAAUUGGAACGUAAACAAAAGUUUGGGGGGUUUAAGGGAACAAAACCCCCAUAAAAUUUUUAUGAAAAUUUCACUAUAAUUUUGUUUUAAGAUGUUCUUGCUAUAAGAAUGAUACAUGUCCAUUUUCAAUAAAAAUGUCUAAUGGUUUUCGAUAUAUUGAAAAAAAUCGAUUUUCAUUUUAUAACUUCAAAGGGCUGUAACCUUUUUUAUGAGCACAUUUGUACUAAGGUAAGUUAGGUUCAAUCGAACCAUUUUUGACCCCAGAAUGUGUGGUAUAAUUUAUGACUAAUCUUUUCGGGACACCCUGUAUAGUAUAUUGUUGUCGUUAUUGUUACCGUUAUUUUUGUUUUUAUUUAUCAUUCAUAUCUAUAUCACAUAACAUCACAAAUUAUUUUUUUUGUAUUAUUUUUCUGGUAGCAACAUGACUAUUUCUAUCAUUUCAAUAUUAUGUUAUUAUUUAUGUCAAAUUAUAAAUCACUUUAUUUCAAAUUAUUUCAAACUAACUAGAUGACUUGAAUGCAGGUGUAUCUCCCAAAAAUUUUCGUACACUUCUGGCCGUCGCGAGUAGUACAGCUUUCUGCAUGGUCUUAUAAAAAGAUGUUCAUUCAGACCCAGCAAUUUAUUAUUAUUAUUAGCCAGAUUUAGCCAUACGGCUCACACUCUCUCUAAGGGGAAACUUGACUCAUCCCAGAUACCUACGGUAUCAAAAGGAUUGAGCUCUGGUGGGACUCUUUCCGUGUUAUCGAGCCCUAGGUGACUUGGUAUGCAGGUGUAUCUUCCAAAAAAUUUCGUACACAUCUGGCAGUUGCGAGUAGUACAGCUUUCUGCAUGGUCUUGUAAAGAUGUUCAUUUAGACCCAGCUUUUUUAUGCUUUCGAGGAGGUUCUUCGGAAUGACUCCAGUAGUAGACAUAAUAAUAGGUAUCGUCUGGAUACUUUGUAUUCUCCAUUGUCUUCGUAUUUGAAUUUCCAAAUCUCUGUACUUGGCGGUCUUUUCAGUAAAUUUACUGCGUAAAUUAUUGUUGUUAGGUAUCGCCACAUCAAUUAGUGUUGUUUGUCUUGUUAAUUUAUUAACUAGUACGAGAUCUGGUCUAUUAUGGGCCACUGUUUGGUCUGUGAGCACAGUACGGUCCCAGUAUAGCUUGUAGUUGCCAUCCGCAAGCAUACUCUCAGGGACGUAUUGAUAAUAUGGGAGAUGGUCCGUUUGGAGAAGUCCCAGCUUGAUUGCUAUCUCUUGAUGAAGGAUUUUUCCAACUGCAUCAUGCCGUUCCUUGUAUUCAGUUGCAGCAAAUGCCUGGCAGCCCCCUGUAAGAUGUUGGAUGGUUUCUUGGGUUUGACAUCCAUAUCGGCAUUUGUCGUUUUGGACCUGAGGGUCUUUGAUGAUAUAUUUCAGGUAAUUUUUGGUUGGUAUAACUUGAUCCUGAAUGGCCAGUAAUGAACCCUCCGUUUCAGGUAACAUCUUUCCUGAUGUCGACCAAUACUUCGACGCUGUAUUGUCGACAUAGUCUUGGCUCAUUGGGAUGUCGCCGUGCAGAGGUUUAUCCAUCCAUGUGCGCAUUUUUUCGUCUUUAGUGAGGUGGUUUAUGCGCAUUUCCGGUUCCCUCAGUUUGAUCGGUGUUGUGUUAUCAACUGUACAAAUAGCGCGAUGUAGAGUAGAUGUCUCAGCUUGCAUCUGAAAAUAAGUUCUUAAAUUAGCAAUUUGUUUGUCUAAUUGCUCACCUAUAUCCAUAAGUCCUCUUCCUCCUAGAUUCCUAUGGAUGGUGUUUUUGUGUCUUUGUGAGGUGCGUUCUUACUUUUCGCCGAAGAUUUUCUAUGUCCGUUUUUGUCCACUUAACGGGACAAUUCUUAAACGAAUAGCUAAGCGCGGAACAUGCGUAGGUGUUUAGUGCCUUAAACAAAUUUCUACUAUUAAGGUGUGAGCGAAGCAGCUGUUUUACCCUUCUUAUAAACUCAGUAGUUAUCUCUGUUUGCAUUUGUUUAUGGUCAAAUCUCCGCGCUUGUUUUACUCCAAGAUAUUUAUACAUAUCGUUUUCACCCAUGGCCUCGAUGUUCUGGCCAUUUUGCAUAUCGAAUCCUCCGCGCCUGUACUUUUUCUUUGACUAUAUUUAAAAUACGGCACUUGUCUAGUCCGAAGUGCAUGCUAAUAUCAUUAGAAAAAGUUUCUAGUUUUUAGCAUCUCAUCGAGUUGGUUUCGAGUGGAAGCCAUUAAUUUCAAAUCAUCCGUAUACAAUUAAUGAUUAAGCUUCGCCACCACAUUGUUGUUAUUUUUGAUGCUAAAACCUGCGUCUGUGGAGUUCAAUAGCUAAGAUAGUGGGUUCACAGCUAGACAGAACCACAGUGCACGCAACGAAUCUCCUUGAAACAGGCCCCGGCUGAUUGCGAUAUUUUCAGUUUCGAUGUUAUUUUCACCAGGUAUUUGAAGGUGAAUUCUAGUCUUCCACUUCGUCAUUAUAUACUCUAAAAAGGUCACUAUAUUAUCAUCGACUUUAUAUAUUCUCAAUAUAUCUAUAAGCCAUUCAUGCGGCACUGAAUCAAAGGCCUUCUUGUAAUCAAUGAAGGCAGUAAAAAGAUUCCUCUUUUUGGAAUAUGCCUGGUUAGAAAUGACCGAGUCGAUGACGAGUUGUUCUUUGCAAUCCAUGGAACCCUUAGCGCAUCCUUUCUGUUGAGGCUCUAUGAUAUUGUUCAGAGCACAGUGUUGGUAGAUACGCCGGCCUACACAGGAUGUGACCAAUUUAUACAAAGUUGGAAGACAAGUAAUUGGGCGGUAUUUGGCUGGAUCUUGGGUGUUAUUUUGAUCCUUCGGAAUUAAAUAAGUGGUUCCCUGAGUUAGGAAUGAUGGUAUAUCCUGCGGAUUAGAAAUAUCAUGAUUAAUUAGUGUUGAUAAGCAUUCAUGAACACUCCAAAACUUCUUGAGCCAAAAGUUUUGAACUCCGUCUGGUCCAGGAGAUUUCCAGUUAUGAAGCUCUUUGAUGGUAUUUGAGACUUCUUCAGUAGUGAAGGGUUCGUAAAGGGUCGUAAUGUAGUGUUGGCAGUUCUGUGUCGUAUCUUCUAUCCAUCCAGCAUUGUUGUUAAGAGCAGCUGGCGUGGAAAGUUGAUUUCCCCAAUACUCAUGAAUUUCUUCUUGGCUUGGGUAAGUCUUAUCGACACGUUCUACAGUGGAAUUGAGUUUUCGAUAGAACGCCUUUUCAGAACUUUCAAAAAGAGCAUUGUCGCUUUUGCGGUUGUUACUAACUUUGUACCUCCUUAGUCGUCCUGAAUAAACGGAGAGCUUUUGUUUUAAUGUAUCCAGACACUGAUGGGCUGUGUUAUUUUCUGGAUCAUAUCUUGAGUGUCUUGCGGUAGUCAGCAUUAUUUCUUCAGCUUUUCUGAUGACUUUUCUACUUGUUACACCUCGUAUGUAUUCUGUGACUAUACCAAUAUCCCUACGUAAUAAUUCGAUCUUUCCGAGCAGUCUUUUUCCCAGGGUGCAAUUCUGUUACCAGUUCUUUCGUUAUUAGUAACCCGUCGUGUUCUGAUGUUAACGCCCAUUACAUUAGCAAUUGCUGUAGCUGCACAGUAGAUUAGCAUAUGCAAAUAUUCCAACGUGUGAGCUUCUACGACAUAGUUGGGUAGGACUUCAGUGUUCACAAUUUGUAACAGCGCACCUAGUUUCUUACAAGAGUUUAUUCGUGCUAGCGGUGGUCUGCUAAGUGGGUUUGUUCCAUUAAACUCUUGUACGGCACGAGCCAUUUCGUUUGAUCUGAUACUCUUGUCACCUUGUAAUAGAAGCGCAAAAUGUUUUCAUUAAUGGACACAGUCCAUUUCAUGCGCUGCCUCGGUCGUCCCGCUUGAGUGAGCGCCGGCUGAUGAUCCAGCGCAGCACCUUCGGCGGGUGGAGCUCUUGUUGUUAUUUGGCUCGCUUGUGGUUGUGGUUGGGCUGUAGCUGAUUGUAUGACAGGGGUCCGCCUCCUCAACACCCUGCCACCGACGUCCCGCAUGCUGUCACGUCCAGCGCCGGCUCCAGACGUGCCCUGGAGAUCCCCAGGCAUCGAUCCUAAACAUAAAUUAUUUAUCUCCAUUCUCAUGGGUGUGCAUUUUAUACCUACUGCCAGGUGUCAGUUUUUGUUCCACGGCAAGAAGUAUCCCUGCUACUCUCUGGGUACUGGCGCUACGAAUACCCAGAAAGCAUCUCCCAUUCGUAGGGGGGCGCGCCUGAUAGAAGAACUGACAAAAAACUCCCACAGGUUAUUAUUAUUAUCCAGAUUUAGCCAUACGGCUCACACUCCCUCUAAGGGGAAAAGUGACUCAUCCCAGAUACCUACGGUAUCAAAAGGAUUGAGCUCUGGUGGGACUCUUUCCGUGUUAUCGAGCCCUAGGUGACUUGGUAUGCAGGUGUAUCUCCCAAAAUAUGAUAUAUAAAUAUGCCAAAAUAUCAUAAUUUAAAAAUUUCCUUGAAGUCGCCGGUUUACGAAAUAAUUAAUUUAUUCCUUUCAUUUGCACUAUACCAUACUGUAUGUAGGUAAAAAUAUUAUAAAUAAUAAAUAUAACAAUUAUUAUAAAUGUAUAAAUAUUAUACUACUGAAAUUAGCACAAAACGCCUUUUGGUUAGCGAACCCUGUUAAACCAAUUCAAACCUACCAUUGAUAAAUAGGGCUUUUCAUUCACAGUCAUUUGUUUUGAGCUUCUGUCAUAUGUCGUAUAAUCCGUGUAUAUUUAUAUUAUACACAGAUUAUACAACUUAUGACAGAAGCUCGAAACAAAUGACAAUCGAUGAAAAGCCCUGUUGUUAUAGAAAAAUCAUGCAAUCAAAUUUUAUAUCAGAAUGAAAAUUUUAAUCAAGGAAUCAUUUUAAUUAAAUAGGUACAUUAAAAACAAUAUUUUUAUCCUAAUAAAAUAAGUUCACCUUCAUAACAGCAAAAAGUGGCAGAUUAUACAGUACGUAAAUCGUUCAGCUGGACAUAGGAAAUAUACAUUGAGAGAAUUGUGGCAACUGCGCUAACCUGUGUUAGUUGAAGCUUCUGUUCGAAUAUGAGUUUUUGGUGAAAUAGAGCUGUUAGAACAAAUAGAAUGAGUGAGUUUUGAAGCAAGGCUGUCCAUAAAUAAAUCAAAAACAAAGUUUAUGAUUAACGAGUUGAGAUUAACAUUUUACUUUAAUUUUUAAAACAUUUUUUAUUUAAAAACUAAUUUCAAAACUAAACAGUUUCCUAUUUAACAUAUCUCUGUUUCCCAUUCCCUUACGCCCCAAAUAUUUAGCUAAUACAUUGUCAUAUUUUGACGUUUAUUUGUGUCAGUCGAAUAAACUGAAGAAGAAGAAAAAAUGAGUUGUCAAUUUUGACGUUAAUGUCCCUUAAUGAUAACAACCAUAUUGUCAUCGAGAGAGCUCAGAUGCUGCAAGUAAUGCAAUGUAUGUAUGUUUUUAUGUAUCUAAAUAUACAGGGUGUCCCGAAAAGAUUGGUCACAAAUUAUACCACAGAUUCUGGGGUCAAAAAUAGGUUGAUUGAAUCUCACUUACCCAUAUACAAUAGUGCACACAAAAAAAGUUACAGCCCUUUGAAGUUACAAAAUGAAAAUCGAUUUUUUUUUCAUAUUAUAUCGAAAAAAAAGUUACUAUAUGGACAAUUAUUAAUGAAACACCCUGUAUAGUUAAGUACGAUUGUAGAUACCUGUUAAUAUCUAAAAUUUUAUUUAUAAUUUACAUUUUUAAGUAUGUUUUGAAGAAGAAGCCACAUAUCGAUAAAAGGUGACUUAUCAAAAAAGACUAAGAGCCAAAAAACUUUUAAAAACACUGUGUUUAACUAAUGGUACCACAAUAAUAGUUUAAUUGGAACGUACACAAACAUUUGGGGGGCUUAAAGGAACAAAACCCCCAUCAAAUUUUCAUGUAAAUAUAUUAAAAAAGAAGCCGCAUCUCGAUAAAGACUGGCUUAUCGAAAAAAUGCUAAGAGGCAAAAAAAAAAUUAAAAACGUUGUGUUUAAUGGUACCAUAAUGAUGAAUUAAUUGGAACGUACACAAAAGUUUGGGAGGGUUUAAGGGAACAAAACCCCCUUAAAAUUUUUAUGGGGUGGACAAAUUUCACUAUAAUUUUGUUUAAAGAUGGUUCUGCCAUGAGAAUGAUACAUGUCCAUUUUCAAUAAAAAAUAUCUAAUAGUUUUCGAUAUAUUGAAAAAAAUCGAUUUUCAUUUUGUAACUUCAAAGGGCUGUAACUUUUAUGAUGAGCACAUUUGUACCAAGGUAAGUUAGAUUCAAUCAAACUAUUUUUGACCCCAGAAUGUGUGGUAUAAUUUAUGACCAAUCUUUUCGGGACACCCUGUAUACAAUAUAUGUUCCCUAUGUCCAGCUGAACGAUUUACGUAGGUUAAAUCGACUAAUAUAGUAAACGACAAUUAUAAUACGUUUUGUCGACAAUUAUAAUACGUUUUGUCGUUCAUAUUUUAAAAGACUCACAUUUUAAUGACUGACGUUAAAUAUACACACUUCUCCAUCAAUUCGAUACCAUGAUGUUGAAAUACGAUAUCAAAAUGUAAAAGAGGCACAAACUGAAUGCAGACAUUCAGUGACGUCGUAUCAGGCUGGUUGCUGUUCAUGGGUAAUCAACUUUGUAUUUAUACGCCCCCUGUCACGCAUAAUAAUGAUAAAAUAACGAAUGGCAAUUAUUAACUGUGUAAAAAGAUUAAUAGGGUGCGUAACGUUAAGUUUUUAUAGAUAUCGAGCUAAGAUAGAAACGGCAGCUGUUACGAGAUAGUAGACAAUUUAUAGUAAUGUUGUAACAUUCCAAAAGACAUUUAAUGAGAGAGCAGAGUAAGAAAAGAUAAGUAUUUUUAAAUUUGGCCUAUAUUAUUGUUGUUUGAAUAACUUGUACAAUUUUAUUGAAAAAUUGUUUAAGAAUUACCUUUUGGUCUUUUUAAUCUAACACCUGUUAAAUUUUCGAGAUUUUUAAUUGUUAAAUAUUCGUAACAAAUAUAUAGUUAAUAUCAAGUAUUCUAUACAUAUAUGUACAAUAAUUGAGAAAAGUGUCACUAUUUUGGUUCAAUAAAUCUUUCUGUGAACUA